GCCGCUCCCGAGGCCGCCGCCGCCGCCGCUGUCGCCGCGCAGAGCCGGAGCAGGAGCCACGGCCGAGAGGAGGGAGGAGGAGGAGGAGGUGGAGGAGGUGGAGGAGGUGGAGGAGGCGCCGGACCGGGGGGGGAUAGAUUCCCAGAAGUGGGAUAACUGGAUCAGAGGGUGAUUACCCUGUGUAUAAGAGUAUGUGUCUCACUGCACCUUCAAUGGCAUUGAGUAGAUCGUCAGUAUUUAAACAGAUCACAUCAUGCGUGAGUACAAGCUAGUGGUCCUUGGUUCAGGAGGCGUUGGGAAGUCUGCUCUGACAGUUCAGUUUGUUCAGGGAAUUUUUGUUGAAAAAUAUGACCCAACGAUAGAAGAUUCCUACAGAAAGCAAGUUGAAGUCGAUUGCCAACAGUGUAUGCUUGAAAUCCUGGAUACUGCAGGGACAGAGCAAUUUACAGCAAUGAGGGAUUUGUAUAUGAAGAACGGCCAAGGUUUUGCACUAGUAUAUUCUAUUACAGCUCAGUCCACGUUUAACGACUUACAGGACCUGAGGGAACAGAUUUUACGGGUUAAGGACACGGAAGAUGUUCCAAUGAUUUUGGUUGGCAAUAAAUGUGACCUGGAAGAUGAGCGAGUAGUUGGCAAAGAGCAGGGCCAGAAUUUAGCAAGACAGUGGUGUAACUGUGCCUUUUUAGAAUCUUCUGCAAAGUCAAAGAUCAAUGUUAAUGAGAUAUUUUAUGACCUGGUCAGACAGAUAAAUAGGAAAACACCAGUGGAAAAGAAGAAGCCUAAAAAGAAAUCAUGUCUGCUGCUCUAGGACCAUAGUCAGCAGCAGCUCUGAGCCAGAUUACAGGAAUGAAGAACUGUUGCCUAAAUUGGAAAGUGCCAGCAUUCCAGACUUCAAAAAUAAAAAAUCUGAAGAGGCUUCUCCUGUUUUAUAUAUUAUGUGAAGAAUUUAGAUCUUAUAUUGGUUUGCACAAGUUCCCUGGAGAAAAAAAUUGCUCUGUGUAUAUCUCUUGGAAAAUAAGACAAUAGUAUUUCUCCUUUGCAAUAGCAGUUAUAACAGAUGUGAAAAUAUACUUGACUCUAAUAUGAUUAUACAAAAGAGCAUGGAUGCAUUUCAAAUGUUAGAUAUUGCCACUAUAAUCAAAUGAUUUCAUAUUGACCUUUUUAUCAUGAUUCCUCCCUAUCAAGCACUAAAAAGUUGAACCAUUAUACUUUAUAUCUGUAAUGAUAUUGAUUAUGAAAUGUCCCCUCAAACUCAUUGCAGCAGGUAACUUUUUUGAGUCAUUGACUUCAUUUUAUAUUUAAAAAAGUAUGGAAUAUCAUCUGUCAUUAUAUUCUAAUUAAAAUUGUUUGUGCAUAAUGCUUUGGAAAAAUGGGUCUUUUAUAGGAAAAAAACUGGGAUAACUGAUUUCUAUGGCUUUCAAAGCUAAAAUAUAUAAUAUACUAAACCAACUCUAAUAUUGCUUCUUGUGUUUUACUGUCAGAUUAAAUUACAGCUUUUAUGGAUGAUUAAAUUUUAGUACAUUUUCAUUUGGUUUGUGUGUUUUUGUUAUUGUUUAUAGAUUUAAGGCCUUUAUUUUAUAAUGACCACAUUGUUUUAAAUGCGACAGUAGCUCCUUUCUGCCUAGUAUCUGCAGAACACUGGCUUUAAACUAUACUAAGUAACUGGUGAUUUCUCUAGGAACAGACCUCGCACUUUCUGUUCUAAAUAUAUUUAUUCCUACUAUACAGUAAAAUACAUCAGACAACAUAGAAUAGUUUUGUAUAUUCUCUCUUGAUCUUAAAGAUUGUAUCUUAUUGAAUAAAAAUCCCACUGUAUAUUAUUUUUAUAUGUAAAAAGAUAAGUUUAAUACUGUAUCAGGGUUUAACUUUUACUAUUUCAGAUCUUCCACAGCUUGUAAUUUCGUCAAGGGAAUCCUUUUGCAUUGUUAAUUUGUUGGGUGUGAGUCCACCAAUGAAGUGUUAUGUGAAAAAUUUCAAACUUGCUUUAUAAUAGAUUGAAGAAUUUGAAAGAAGUGAGAGAAAGUUAAAACACAUAAAAGGAAUGUGUUACUUUUGCUUAAACUACUUAUGAAAUAGUAUGGUAGUAGUAAUAUGGAAGAGAUUGCUAAGUUAAAAUUGUAGCUUCCUAUAUAGUGGUGCUUUUUCUUUUCCUUCCCAGUUAUUUUCUCUUUACAAAAGAUAGGGCUUAAGUAAGACAUGGAGCCAGGGUGAUACUACUUAUGUAGUCUCUAUAAAGAGAGGUAGAACAAAAAGCUUGUUAGCCAGUUAAGUUCUGGAAAAGGAAAGAAACAAGCUUAGAAAACCCUGUGCCUUGUCCUCAAAUAUUAAGGAGGAGACCAGUCCCAGAAAGUCUAAGUCAUUGCUCAGGGAUCUCUAGAUACUGUCUCUUUGCAACUAGGUAUGAAGAAGUGUUCAUGCCUUGCUGAGAUUUUCCAGGCAUGUGGUCAGCCUGUCACUUACUAAACUGAAAUUUUAAAAUCAGGUUUCAGAUGUUAAGUUUUGACCAACCUGAGAAAAUGUUAAAGUAUUGUUUUUAAAGCAAUGGAAAUUUUUUUUGUUUGUGUUUUUGUUUUUGUUUUUGUUUCGAAUAAACUUAGUUACCUAACACUUCCCUUCCACUCAUCCAAUUAUGCAUAUGUCUGGGAUUGAGGGGCCAAAACUAUAGUGAACUUUAAUGAAGUAUUAGGGCCAGUCGUCAGGUUAGGGUGGCAUCUUUUAUUUUAAGGUCCUCUAAAGUCAUUCUGCUUUAAAACACCUCUCAAACAUUCCUUUAAACUUAAGAUCAUAGACAGACAUCUCAUCAACCAGUAAAACUUUCUAAAUACUACCUUGUCACAUCUAUUGUGUAGUUAUUUAACAGAUUAAAUAGAAGUCAUUUAAUAAGACUCCAAGUCUCAGUCUGCUUGACUGGUAGCAUAAACUCAGUGUCUUCUGUUGUAGAAUGUGGUGGAGAAAGAUGAUAGUUAUUAGAUUCCUUAGUCAUAUCUUAUGCAGUCCACUUGGGUUAAAGGUGGAACUGUCAAGAAAAACGCCUUUCUAGCACGCAGUGAUAUGCAGAGCAGGACCAGCUGAAGUCAGAUGUGCAAGGAAAUCUGUGGUUGCUGAGCAGGAUGAAAAGGUAUCCUGUUAGAAAGUGAGAUAGGUGUGUUUUUAUAUUGUCCUAAUGUGAACUCCUUAGUCUUGGUUCCAAAGAGAAGCGUACCUGAAAAGAGCUGAAAAAUCAAAAGAGUUUCUAGGAUACUGUAGGAAUGUCAAAUGAUAAAUAUCUAGAAACUGAUUUCGUAUUAGUACGUGUGGCUAUUUAAAGUAUAAUGACUUUGGUUAUAUGAGUGACACAGAAUUUAAGGAGGCUUGAUGCCAUAGUUCAUAGUUUGCUCUAAUGGCUUGUUGGUAUCCCUGAACAGUCUACUUUUAGAAAUUAACAGUAAAUACACAAUCCAGCUGUAAUCUUACCCUCCACCAGGGGGAGCUUCAACAUCGGUUAAUACUUUUUUUUUUUUUUUUUGAGAUGGAGUCUCGCCCUGUCGCCCAGGCUAGAGUGCAAUCGCUCAGUCUCCGCUCACUGCAACCUCUGCCUCCCGGGUUCAAACAAUUCUCCUGCCUCAGUUUUCCAAGUAGCUAGGAUUACAGGCACCCACCACCACGCCCAGCUAAUUUUUGUAUUUUUAGUAGAGACGGGGUUUCAUCAUGUUGGCCAGGCUGGUCUUGAACUCCUGACUUCGUGAUCCACCCCUCUCAGCCUCCGAAAGUGCUGGGAUUACAGGCGUGAGCCACCGCGCCUGGCCCGGUUAAUACUUUCAUAAGCAUUGAAGUAACUAUUUAAGUCCUAGUACACGAACACUGCGUGGUUCACAGAAAGGCAUAGAGACACUCUCUCAAGAGCUUACAAUCUAAUUGGGCAGGGAAGAUACUACAGUUCAUCAAAGAUAUGAAUAACACCAUAGUUUUCUGAACUGCAGCUACAUGGGUAAUUAUCUUAAGAACUUUUGGCGAAAUAUGGAUGUUGGUGUGUUACUCUCUUCUCCCUACAACUCUGAACUAAUCUGUGUUUGGCACCUUGAUGUGCCAUCAUAAAUGGCCACCAUUUACUCCUCACUGAAAUAAUCCUCUUCUUUGAGGUUAUAAUGUACUCGGAAAAGUUAAUACUUAUAGAAAAUAAUGAUCUUUAUUGCCAACUUUAUUAAAACAGGCUUGGAACAUUUUUCUCAUAGAAGAAUAGUAAUAAGACGUUCUACAUUUCCUGGACAUGGCCAGUUUAAAGUAUUUUGCCCCAUUACCCUCGUAGAUACACAUGUAUUUGUCAGUUUAUGUGCCUCAGUUUUGUCUUAGGGACUGAGGGACAGAAAGAGAAAUAAGGAAUACCUUGGUAUUUUCCUUUGUAAGCAAUCACAGCAGAAUACUAGAAAACAUAAAAUAUACUCUUAUAAAUCGUAUGUGUGUUGAAACCAAAGUGUGAAGAAAUUGUCAGGUAUUUGGAGGAGGAAAAUAAUUUGUAAAAUAACCUUUUUAAGAAUUUGGAUUUUGUACUUAUUUAAGGUGCUAAAUAUGUGUUAAAAUAUCCCCUCUUGAAUCAGCUCCAGGCUUAAAAGGGCAGAGUGCUUUGGAUUCUUGUCCAGGGUCUGGAAAGAGCUCAUCUUGCCGAGAGGGAAAUGAAUGUGAGCUUUGAGGCAGUCUAACCACCCAGCUUUUAGUAUUUAUGUUCCCCGAAAUGUAAAAACUGUAAGUUAUUCUUGAAAAUGUAGUCCAGACAUUUCUUUGAUCAUGGAUUUUACUGCAAUUUCAUCAUGGGUUUGUUGAAUGUGCAGUCCAUUUAUUGCCCUGUCUUGCUUAAAUAUUCUUGUUGAGAACAGCUGGAGGCUUUGACUGGGUUCCUAGUUCUGUUUUCUGGGAAGGCAACAUGGAUUCUGUUUUGUAGACAUUAAUGAGCUUUAAACGGGAAUUGGGGGAUGUAUGUUCUUUGGGCAUGCUGAGAAGCGGCCUCCUGUGGUUCUGGGCCCAAGGUGUGACAUACAUUUCCCACUAAUUGCUUCUCUCAAGAAGCAAGAGAUUGGCUGUUCCUCUUGAGGAAAAACCUUAAUAAACCUUCCCAUUUUAAA